GGCGGGAGCCGGAUGGCGGGGCCCAGGCCCGAGGCCAGGGCGAUGGGCGCAGGCGGCUCUGCACAGGUGCCGGUGGUGUUUGAGGACGUGGCGGUCUAUUUCUCGCCGGAGGAAUGGGCGGAGUUAGCCAAAUGGCAGAGGGAGCUGUACCGGGACGUGAUGAAGGAGAAUUACGAGCUGGUGGCUUCAUUGGGGCAUCCUGGUGUCAAACCCGAGAUCAUCUGCCAGAUGGAGCGAGGGGAAGAGCCUUGUGUGGAGGGUCCCUGGGGCUGGGAAGAGAGAAGCACAACCCAGAAACCCUGCUCAGCAGAUGGUGUGAUGAAGGAUGACGAUGAGGAAGGUUCUAGAACCCUGGAUCUUCCCAAGACAUCCCCAGAACAGACUGGAGGGGACCUCCACCAGCACUCAAGGAAAAAGCAAAGAUACAAAAGUCAGAGCAAAUCACAAAAGCAGCAGAGAAAUAUUAUGCAGGAAAAACUCAUGCCCCUCCUCAGGCCCCAGAGACGCAGAGCCAGCCGGCAGGGGCGGACACACCUGACUGCCCAGCAGGGAGAGCCCACAGGGAGGAAACCAUUCUCGUGCCCGGAAUGCGGAAGGAGCUGUAUGACGAAGGGCAACCUCAAAAUACACCAGCGAGUGCACACGGGGGAGGGGCUGUUUCCCUGCAGCCAGUGCGGGAAAUGCUUCACCACCAAGGGCAACCUCAAAAUGCACCAGCGCAUGCACAGCGAGGAGCGGCCCUUCGUCUGCACCGAGUGCGGAAAGAGCUUCAUCGCCCCGGGCAACCUCAAAAUGCACCAGCGCCUGCACAGCGGGGAGAGGCUGUUCCUGUGCACUGAGUGUGGGAAACAUUUCACCAGGAAAGACAUCCUCAAACUGCACCAGAGGGUGCACACAGGGGAGCGGCCUUUCCAGUGCGCAGAGUGUGGGAAGAGCUUCACUCAGAAGGUGAAUCUCCUGACCCACCAGCGGUGCCACACAGGGGAGCGCCCGUUCGCCUGCUGUCAGUGUGGGAAGAGCUUUGCCCAGAAGGGCACGCUCAACACGCACCAGAAAAGCCACGUGCGUGAGUGGCACUUUGCAUGUGCUGAGUGCAAGGAGAGAUUUGCCUCCAACAGGGACCUCACGAUGCACCAGAGGAUCCACACCAGGCAGCGCUCAUACAUGUGCAGCCAGUGUGGGAAAUGCUUCACGCAGCCGGGCAACCUCCUGACGCACCAGCGAGUGCACACGGGGGAACGGCCGUUCACCUGCACCCAGUGCGAGAAAAGCUUCACCACUAAGGGCAACCUCAAAAUGCACCAGUGGAUCCACACGGGGGAGCGGCCCUUCACAUGCACCGAGUGUGGAAAGGGCUUCACCGCCCAGGCCACCCUCAAAAUGCACCAGCGCUUGCACAGCGGGGAGCUGCCCUUUGUGUGCACCGAGUGUGGCCAGGGCUUCGUUCAGAACGAAUUUCUGAAACUGCACAAGAGGCUGCACACGGGAGAACAUCAGUUCCCCUGCCCCGAAUGCGGGAAGCACUUCAUCAGCAAGGCCGUUCUGAAGGUGCACAGCAGGACACACGGCAGGGAGCAGCUGUUCCCGUGCACUGAGUGUGGGAAACGUUUCACCAGGAAAGACAACCUCAAACUGCACCAGAGGGUGCACAUGGGGGAGCGGCCUUUCCAGUGCACGGAGUGUGGGAAGAGCUUCACUCAGAAGGUGAAUCUCCUGACCCACCAGCGGCGCCACACGGGGGAGCGCCCAUUCGCCUGCUGUCAGUGUGGGAAGAGCUUCGCCAAGAAGGGCACGCUCAACACGCACCAGAAAAGCCACGUGCGCGAGAAGCUCUUUGCAUGUGCUGAGUGCAAGGAGAGAUUUGCCUCCACCAGGGACCUCACGAUGCACCAGAGGAUCCACACCAGGCAGCGCUCAUACGUGUGCAGCCAGUGUGGGAAAUGCUUCACGCAGCCGGGCAAUCUCCUGACGCACCAGCGAGUGCACACGGGGGAACGGCCGUUCACCUGCACCCAGUGCGAGAAGAGCUUCACCACCAAGAGCAACCUCAAAAUGCACCAGCGGAUCCACACGGGGGAGCGGCCCUUCACAUGCACCGAGUGCGGGAAGCGCUUCACUGUCAAGGGGACGCUGCAAAAACACCAGAGUGUCCACACGAGGUGGAAGCAGCUCGUGUGUGCCAGCCCGAAGCUGGAAGGGCUUUCCCAGCCUGUACUCCAGCAAAACUCCUAUUGACACAGGAAUGAUCACGCUGGAUCAGGCCCAAGGUCCUGCCAGCCCAGUGUCCUGGCUCUGACAGUGAGCAGCACCAGAUGCAUCGGAGGAAGGUGUAAGAAUUGCACACUAGGCAAAUGUAGGAUAAUCUCUCCCCCCCCCCCCCCAUUCCUGGCCAAUAUUAGGUCUCAUCCUAAUCAUUAGAAAAUUGCUUAAACCCUGAAGUACAAGGUUUAAUAUCCCUUCAGAAUAUCUGUUAGCAUUAAUUAUAACUUUGGAUAUCUUCGUUCAAUAAAUGUUUUUAACCUUUUCUAAA